AUGGUGGACGCGGGAGACGAGGGUGGAGAUUUUCCACGGAGAAGUGAAAACGCGGCGCUGCCCGAAGGCAUGGGCCCGGACCCUUCGCCAGAGAACGACGGAAACAGCGGCUUGGAGAGCUUAACUGACGAAGAAGGUUUCUUGGCCGACGCGCCGACAGGCGAGGCGAACCUGGAGCGGCGAGAAGGGAGAGAGGAAGGCGACGGAGGCGAGGCGAGCAACACACACACCAAUGAACUUGCGGGCGGUUACACCCACGAGGAGGGGCUCUUCGGAGACGAGCAGGAAGUGGAAGGAAGGCUCGAAGGAUCGGAGCGCGAGUUGUCCAGGGAAGAAGCCAGGCGACUGAAGAAGGAGAAGAAGAAGAGAAAGAAGGAGAAGAAGGAGAAGAAGGAGAAGAAGAAAAAGAGAAGGCGCGACCAUGAGGGGGAUGACGGAGACGCCGAGAGGGAAGAUGCGCGUUCCCGAUUCACAGGAGCACAGAACCCAAGCUACCUCAAUGACGAUGACGACGAGACACUCGGCGGUUUCAUUGAGCGAGAUCCUGAAGCAGCCAUCCACGAAGCUGAAGACGAAAGGAUUCAUGUGCAAGGGGGAAUCAACAGCGACAACGACCGCUCCGAUAUCGAAGACUAUGGAGAGCACGAAGGGACGCGCCGCCCACUAACUGAGUUUGAUAAAACACUCGAGAGAAUGCGACAACGAAAAAGACGAAGACAGCCCUUGUCUGACCAGGACUGCCAGGCGUACUGCAACACUCUCCUGCAACAAAUGUCCGAUGCUUCCACACACGACGAAAAGGCGCUUGAAGAAGGGAAGCCCGCGACGGCGAAGCUUCAAAUGCUGGACCGUGUCUGCACAGAGCUUGUGAAACCAAAGUGGAGAAGCUGGUUUUUAACGGAGGGCUGCUGCCAGUGCAUCGCGACGUGGCUAGCGCCGUUCAAAGACAACACGUUGUCCAACUUCACACUGCGAAACAGGCUUCUUCACGUUCUCAUGAAACUCCCCAUCUCCAGUCAAGAGCUCAUGAACAACGACCUCGGGAGGGUCCUGGUUCUUCUGUGGCACCAUCCCGAUGAAAGCGACGAAAACCGUGUUCUGAUCCGCCAGCUCAUUCAGCGAUGGAUGCGCCCCAUGCUGGGUCUCGGCUCCAGCCACCGUGAAUUCCUUCAAGAGCGAGAUCGCGCUUUCGAGGCAAACGAUGCGGAUCUUCAGCAGAAACUGAUUGCGGCGGCGCAGGCGCUGCGGGCAACGCGUCCUCCUGCAGAUGGUGAUCCCGAGGAGGCACGACGGCGCCAUGCCCGUAUUCCAGUCAACUCGGGCCACAACUUCAUCAUUCAACCCAAGUCGGAUGUUAACAGCAGUGAGCAGCCGCGGAGUCGAGAGGCGGGUAGCUCGCAAAACACGCGGAGUCUUCACCGUUUCAUGGAUGCAAGAUCGGUGCGGAAGCCGACUAAGGCGCAGAAGGUUUCGAUUGAAGGGCGAGGCCUGUAG